AACAUCACAUGCUACCGGCGUCUCUGCUGUUAAUGUCAAUAUAUAUGUUAACGGCUGUGAGAGUAUGAAGUUAUAAAGUUCAUUACAUUUAUAACCUUAGUGAGAGAAUGAGCGGACACACUGUACUGGUACUGUACGGCAGUCAGACGGGAACAGCGCAGGACACCGCGGAGAGGAUCGGCCGACAGGCGCAGAGGAGGAGGCUGAGGGUCAAGGCGGAGGCCCUGGACACUUACAAUGUGGCUAACCUGAUUUCCGAGUCUCUGGUGGUGUUUGUCUGUGCCACCACAGGACAGGGGGACCCUCCAGACAAUAUGAAGAAAUUCUGGAGGUUUCUGUUCAGGAAGUCUUUGCCAGCUGAUUCUCUUAGUCGUCUUGACUGUGCUGUGCUGGGUCUUGGAGACUCUUCGUAUCCAAAGUUCAACUUUGUAGCUAAGAAGCUCCACAAGCGUUUGCUUCAGCUUGGUGCAAAUAUGCUGCUGCCUGUUGGACUGGCUGAUGACCAGCAUGACCUGGGGCCAGAUGGUGUGAUUGAUCCCUGGCUGCUUUCAUUUUGGCAGAAAACUCUGUCUCUCUACCCUCCUCCAGCCGGCCUCGCUCCACUCCGCGAGGAAGAUAAACUUCCACCGCGAUACAUUUUCCACUUUCUAUCUGAAGUCCCAAAUAAACCGACUGAGCAUCUCCAGACAGUGGAUAAUAAAAGCUCUCCCACCUCACUGCGGCCGUUUCCAGCUCCACUAGUGUUUAAUCAGAGAGUCACUCAUACUGCACAUUUCCAGGACGUCAGACACAUCGAGUUCGACAUCACAGGCUCUAACAUUGAAUUCAGUGCCGGGGACAUUGUAAUGAUGAGACCCUGUAAUACUGCAGAGGAUGUGGAGCAGCUCUGUCAACUACUAAAACUUGACCCAGAGAGUUACUUUACACUGACCCCUACAGACAGCAGCACAGAAGUUCCUGCACGUCUUCCUCAGCCCUGCUCUGUUCGUUUUCUGCUGGAACACUUCCUGGACAUUUCUGCUGUCCCACGGCGUUCCUUCUUUGAGCUUCUGGCCACUUUUGCCACUGAUGAACUGGAGCAGGAAAAACUCUUGGAGUUUAGCUCUGCUGCGGGUCAGGAUGCUCUUCACUCCUACUGCAACAGACCUCGCCGAACAGCGAUAGAGGUACUUACAGACUUCCCUCAUACUACAGCAGAGUUGAGCAUUGGCUGCUUGCUGGAUCUGUUUCCAGAAAUUCAGCCUCGCUCCUUCUCUAUUGCUUCUUCACUUUUGGAACACCCUAAUCGUAUCCAGAUCUUGCUUGCUGUGGUGAAGUAUAAAACUAUGCUCGUAAAGCCACGCAAAGGUCUCUGCUCUUCUUGGCUGGCGUCUCUGGACCCGUCUAAAGGAGAUGUUUACGUACCACUGUGGGUGAAGAAAGGCAGUUUAAAAUUCCCACAGGACCCAGAAAGCCCUGUGAUCAUGGUGGGACCAGGAACUGGAGUGGCUCCCUUCAGAUCUGCCAUACAGGAGAGGGUUGCUCAGGGGAAGAUGGCUAAUGUGCUAUUCUUUGGCUGUCGAUCUGAAUCUAAAGACUUCUACUGUGGAUCAGAAUGGCAGGAGAAGGUGCAGGCGGGACAAAUGAUACUCGUCACAGCCUUUUCCAGAGAUCAGGAGGAUAAAGUCUAUGUUCAGCAUCGUGUGAAGGAACAAGGCAAACUGUUAUGGGAUCUGAUAGCAAAGAAGAAUGCGUUCUUUUACAUAGCAGGGAAUGCCAAGCAGAUGCCAACAAGCGUAUGUGACGCACUGAAAGCAGUUUUCCAGAAAGAAGGUGGCAUGUCUGAAAACCAGGCACAGGAGAUGCUGGAUGGCAUGGAGAAAAAUGGACGCUUUCAAAGUGAAACCUGGUCCUGAUGUCUCAAUUUAAACUGCAGCCUUGAUGAGCAACAUAGCCUUAAGAGUGAACCUAAGUUACAUGCUGAUUGGAUUCAACCAAGUUUGAAAGGAGAAUGUCAAGCCUCAAUUGUGGGGUGCUUUUGAUUUAUAUUUAUGCAUACGUGUUCAAUCAUACAUUACCAGUUAUAUUCUUUUUAAAAAAUAAAUAUUGAAUGAAAUAGAA